AUGGCGGAGUUCUUGGCUUUCCCUCUUUUUCCGCCAUUAAAGUUGGAGGUUAGUGUAAGUUAUUCAAUAAUGUUAAUUUCGGAAAUGGAGGGCAGUGGGGCUGAAAUUGGUGAAGGCGAGGUUGAAGGAGAAGAAGUAGAAGACUUCAUUUGUAGGUAUGAACCACAAUCCUCCUCCGACAAAGAGGAGGGUGGUGAGGAUUGUUUCACAACCCCAAAAAAGCGAACGGUUGUAACUGCCUACGGGGAAGAGGAGGAAGUUCUUGAAUUGAAGGUUGGUAUGGUUUUUUCUGGUUGGGAGGAGAUUGAACAACAGUUUAGGGGGUAUGCCAAACAAAAGGGUUUUGGUGUUGCCCGUCGUUGUGGUUCGUUGAAAUCUGCUGAUAAAGAUAAAGGAAUCGGGAAAGAGAAGCGUAAUUGUUUGUGGACUUGUGAGUGCUAUGGUGUGCCGGAAAGAAGGCGCAAGGUGACUGGGGAUAAGGUUGCAUCCGAUUCACAACUCCAUGAAGUAAUUGGGAGUGGGUUUUUAAGGGAUCAUCCUCAUGUGUUGAUACAAGCGAAUGUAUGUUCGAAAUCUGGUAUGUCUGUGGCUCAAACUUAUGACUUAAUGGCGGUGCAACGGAAUGGUAGAGGGAAAAUGCCUUUCUUACGGAAGGAUCUUAAUGAUGUGGUUGGGAAGGAGAGGAAGGCUAGGACUAGUGGUGGUGAUGCGAAGGAUGUUUUAUGGGUUGAUGCUCGUAGUAGAGCUGCUUAUGAGGAGUUUGGUGAUGUUUUCUGCUUUGAUACUACGUACUUGACCAAUAAAUAUAAAAUGCCGUUUGCGAACUUUGUUGGUGUAAAUCAUCAUGGUCAGAGCAUAUUACUUGGAUGUGCGCUUGUUUCGCAUGAAAAUAGUGACACAUUCGAGUGGAUUUUCGGUAAUUGGUUAGAAUGUAUGGGUGGUAAAGCCCCAAUUGGGAUCUUGACUGAUCAAGAUCCUGCGAUGAGGAGGGCUUUGAGAUCAACCAUGAGCGAUACAUGUCAUAGGCGGUGCAUAUGGCACAUUCUUCAGAAGUUUAGUAGGAAGCUUGGAACGCAUUUAGAGUACCCCGAUUUAAAGGUAGACUUGGAGCGGGCAAUAUAUGAUAGUCUAACAUGUGAUGAGUUCGAAUUAAAUUGGGCAACAGUUAUGGAGAGGUACCAGGUAGAUGAUGAUUGGCUUGAAGGGUUGUAUGCGGAAAGAAACAUGUGGGUUCCUGCCUAUGUGAAGCAUUUAUUUUGGGCUAGCAUGAAGACGACCCAACGAGUUGAAAGUAUAAACAGCUUUUUUGACCAAUUUGUACACAAGCAUACUCAUUUGUAUGAGUUUGUUGAGGCUUACUGUGAAGCAAUGGAGGAAAGGGAAAAUGAAGAAAGUAUGGUAGAUACCAAUACUGCGAGAAAUUUGAGGCAAAUUGUCACCUGUUUCCCAGCCGAGGAACUUUUCCAGAAAAUAUACACGGACGCCAAAUUUCAUGAGGUCCAAAGAGAGUGUAGUAGGGUACUGUAUGUGCGGUGUUUAAAUAAGAAAAUGUUGGAUGAGUCUGUUGAAGAGUACAAGCUUGAGGAUAGGGUUUGGAUAAAACCUAAACACGCAAGGAAGGAGAUUGUUACGAAGCAUAAGACGAAGUCUGUUGCAAUGUAUAAUUACGUUACCAAGGAAACAUCUUGUGAUUGUAAGCACUUUGAAUGUCACGGUAUAAGGUGUAGGCAUAUGAUAUUGGUUUAUGACUUGAAUAACAAGACUGAAGUUUCUGGCAAGUACAUACUUCGUCGUUGGCGGAAAGAUGUUAAAAGGAAGCAUACGAAGGUCAAGGUGAUGUACCACGACCGAUUGAAGAUAGAAGUUGGGCUAAUGGUGUUGUUUGAGCCUUUACUUUCAAAGGCAGCUAGCUACAAAGAGUCAAUGGAUGUUGUUGUUGAAAUAUCUCACUUGUUGGCAAUGCGUUUGGAUGAGAAGAUUGCAAUGCUUGACAGGCAAAGGCAAAAUGAGGAUGUUGGAGUUGGUACCCCGUCAUCCGUGUGUUUGGAGAAAGGUGGUACGGAAUUGACCCCCUCGUUCGUUGGCCAGUUACAACCUAUUGGGGUACGAUGUACGAUGGUGUUUGAUUCCCCACAAACAAAUGAACAUGAAGGAAGUUGUGCUGAUGGUGGUGGUGGGGUGGUGUAUCAGGCAGCGUUGGGGGUUUAUCUGGCAACUUUGCUCGGGGUUUAUCAGGAAGCUUCAAUGAUAGAAUAA